AUAAAUUGGUUUGGGAGCGUUGAUUCAGAUUCAUGUGUUUCUCUUUCAAGCAAAUUCAAUAAGGAAUUGAAGAAAGGGACACUCAACCAGAUAGCUCACCUCCCUCCAAAACGCUGUCAAUCGAAGAGUUUUAGCCCUUGGUUUCUGCCCUGGAUAGCCUAUACGUAGUCCGAGUCUCGAUCUGGGCUUCCGAUUUGCCAAUUAGGUCAUUUCCAGAAAUUCGAUAUGGAUCUGGCCCUUCUUGUGCCAUCGGAAUCUUGAGCUGCGAUCUGUUUUCUAAUUCAUACUGGCUCUAUUUUCAUUGAUUUCAAGGUUGAGGAAGAAGAAUCGAGAUUCUUUGGUUGUUUUCUGAAAGCAAGAGAGACCGAGUUGCGUAUUUGUGCUUUAAAGAGGCGAUUCAAUGGAGGCAGAGACAGAAGUGAGUAUCAAAUUCAGACUCACCGAUGGCACUGAUAUUGGACCAAUCAAUUAUAAGUCCAGUAACACUGUUGAAUCUCUCAAAACGAAAAUAAUUGAACUAUGGCCCAAAGAAAAACAAAAUGGGCCCAAGUCAAUAAAGGAUGUGAAGCUCAUUGGUAAUGGAAAGAUACUUGAAAACAGUAAAACAGUUUCUGAAUCAACGCCUAUUGUCCCAGAAGUUGCAGCAGCUGGCAUUACUAUGCAUCUUCUUGUGACCCCCAAGGCUGACAAAAACAAAGAUAAACAGAACGAAGAUGAUACCCCAAUAAAGAGCGGCCGGUGUUCAUGCUCAAUCUUGUAACUCAUCUGACUCAUAAACACUAAUCCAGCCCAUAUCAAAUUCUCACUCAGUCCGUAUCUUCUAAAGAAUCUCCCUUGUCUUAUGGAUUGGUUAAAGUUGUUCCUUGUAAAUUGAAAAUUCCUGGUAGAAGCUAGCAGAAGUUAAGGAAGGCGGUAUGGCGGUUUUUGCUUGCUUCACAAGUUUGAAAACCAACUUUUUCUGUUGGUACCCAUAAUGUGGGAAGGGAAACCCAUUGCCGUUGAGAAGAUCAUGUAUUGGCUUUAUCUUUUACCAGUUUGUGUUUUGUUUUGUUUGGAAUUCAUUGUUACCGGACUUGUUGAAACAAAGUGUGGCUAUACAAUUGAUGCUCAUGUUUACACUAUGAUGAUCAUGUUUCCUUUACCAAUUGAUGCUACUAUACUCUCAUAUAAGUCAUCUUGCUCUGCUUUAUGCUACUUUAUUACUUACUCAUACUCCUUUUUGCCUUUUGAUUUUUGAACAUUGAUUAUGACUUAUAAGAGUGUCUACUACAUGAUCUGUUUA